AUGGAGAUGAUUAGUGGUUUCAAUUUACCUUGGUUAGCCAUUGGGGAUUUUAAUGUUGUUACUUCAAUUGAGGAGAAAGUUGGUGGUAAGACUCCAAAUAAAAGAGCAAUGAUGGAUUUUAACAAUUGUUUAGACAUUUGUGAAUUGAUGCAGGCUCCAAAAACAGGUCUUCAGCAUUCUUGGCCCAAUUGUCAACAUGGGAGUAAAAGAAUAUUAUGUAAUCUUGAUAGAGCAGUUUUCAAUCAACUAUGGCUACAUAAAUUUAAUGGUUGGGGAUAUAAAGUGGGUUUGAGGAUUGCUUUAGAUCAUGCCCCAUUAUUAGGUGGAUGUGCUUCUAUUCCUAAACCACACAAUACUCCUAUGAGGUUUCAAAAAAUAUGGAUUUCACAUCCAACAUUUAUGGAAGUUGUUGAGAAGUGUUGCUCUGAGGAGGUAGUGGGUGAUCCAGCUUUCCUCUUUCAAACAAAACUAAAAAAGUUAAAAAGAAUUCUUAAGGAUUGGAAUUGGACUGUGUUUGGAGAUAUAAAUGUGCAAAUAGAGGAAGCUGAAGUUAAAGUUCAGGAGGCAAUGGUUAAUUCAGACAAUAACCCAAGUGAUGAAGAAUUACUUAGCAUUUUGGUAAGUGCUCAAAAUCUACAAGCAAGGAACACCAUCAGUGAGUUAGAGGUUAAUAAUGGAGAUAUCAUAUCUGAUCAAGAAAAGUUUUCUGAAGAAUUAGUGAAAUACUUUGAGAAUAAAUUUAAAUUUCAAGAAGUGAAAAAUAUUGAGCACAUGGUAGAUGGCAUCCCUGAAGUAUUAACUAGUGAUGAUCAAAAUAUGUCAGAGGCUAUCCGAGAUGAGAAUGAGAUUAAAGACAAUCUUUUUGCUAUGGAUCCUGAGAGUGCACCUGGGUCUGAUGGUUUUUCAGGUUGCUUUUAUAAAGCUUGUUGGCACAUCAUCAAUAAAGAUGUUGUCAAUGCAAUCCAAUUUUGCUGGAAAAGGAAGUUUAUACCCAAGCGGCUUAACUCAAAGUUUUUAGUUCUUCUUCCAAAAAUUGAAGGAGCAAGAAUUUCAAAUCCGUAUAGACCAAUUGGUCUGAGCAAUGUGAGUUUCAAAAUUUUCACCAAAAUCAUGGCUACAAGAAUGGGGCUUCUUAUGCACAAACUAGUUUCUCCUCAACAAGCUUCUUAUGUCAAGGGUAGAUGUAUUCAAGAUCGGAUUAUGCUGGCUUCUGAAAUGAUUAAUGAGAUUGUAAAGAAGAGAAGAUGUGGCAAUGUGGGACUCAAGCUUGAUAUUUCUCAAGCAUAUGAUUCAGUUAGCUGGGAAUUCUUGUUUAAAGCAGGGAUUGAGACAAGGGGUCUAUUUGUAUUAAUGGUGGAAGCAUUAAGUAGAAGAUUAACUCAGAUGGUGGAUGCAGGCUUAAUAAUUCCAAUGGUUGAAAGAAAAGGUAUUCAUCCAGCUCACUUACUAUUUGCAGAUGAUGUUUUAAUUUUCUGUAAUGGUGCAAAGAAGAGCAUUCUAAACUUGAUGAAAUUGCUUGAAGAUUAUCAAAAGUGUUUUGGUCAGAUAAUAAACAAACAGAAAAGUAAAAUAUUCAUAGAUGGUGCCUCUGAACUGAGGAAAAGUCAACUUAAAGAAAUGAUCCAAAUAGAAAGAAAUGUAUUUCCAGAUAAAUACCUUAGAGUUAUUCUUUGUGUUGUAAGGGCUAAAUAUAAAGAUAAAAAUGGGCAAUGGAGCUCAAAGUGGCAGUUAUCUUCAAUAAAAAUUGGCUACACAUCUUUAGUGAAUGAUAAUAUUCAGUUGAAAAUUUCUGAUAUCAUAGCUGAUGGUGUUUGGUCUCUGCUAACUAAGCUUCAAGAGAUAAUUUCAAAUGGGCAAUUGCCUGAGAUUUGUGGAGGAGAAGAUGUCUUAAUAUGGACAGAGGACUUAAAAGAUAAAUUUUCUGUGCCUGAGGCUUUAAAUAAAAUUAGACAUAAAGAACGGGAAUUUAAUUGGUCUAAGUAUAUAUGGAAUUCUUUUCUUCAUCCUUCUACUGCCAGUAAUGUUUGGAAGAUCAUUCAAGGUGUUUAUACAGAUGAUACUACUAUGAUAAGUAAUGGAUAUGAAAUUUUCAUUAAAAGAUUCCAAUGGAAUCCUCUUAAAAUUGGUUUUGUUAUGUUCUGCUGUGAUGGAUCUUCAUUUGGGAAUCCUGGUGCAGCAGGUUUUGGUGUAUUUGUAAGAGACUCAGAUUGUCAGGUAGUUGCAACUUUAUCUGGAGGUAUUAGGAUUGCUUCAAAUUAUUUGGCACAAACUUAUGAUGUCAUGAAUGUAAUGGAAUUAGCAGUUCAAUGGGAGAUGCAGAACAUUAUAAUUGUGUCAGACUCAAAAACAGUAAUUGCAGAAUUUUCUCAAGGAAAUGCUCCCUGGUUUAUUAAAGGAAGAUGGUUAAAAGCUAUAAGGCAGUUCAAACAAAUAAGGUAUAUGCAUUGUUACAGAGAGGUUAAUUUCUCUGCAUACAAUAUUGCCAAAAGGGGUGCUUCACUAGAUGCAGGUGAAAGGAAGAUUCAUAUUGGUAGACCUUAG